CCGAUUGACACUGGGUCAGUAUUAUACUAGUGUCUUCAGCGCGAACAUCGGACAGUACAAUUUUACACUCGUUCGCGACAGUGUCCACGCGGUGCAAAGCAUAUAAGAUAAACUUAACGAAAUCGUUGAAAAAAAUUAUACUCGACGCAAUAUAAACGUCCAUAUACACAACGCGCAUCCGGUUUUUUUCGUAGUGACAGUCCACGUGGAUACAGUUAAACACAUACAUGGUCGUAAAAUUGGAUCAUUCCGUCAGGUUCACUAUGAAGAGAUGCCUGAGGCACCAAGUGUACAUCGUGUUCUACGGAGCUCUGCUGUUCUUACACAGCACCAGUGGCGACGGUAGUCUGGGGCCGGAGAACAACAACGCGGCGGCACUUCCGCUCGAACACAGAUCCGGUGGCGGUUACGACGUCGGACUUCCGCUGCCAUCCGGAGGUCCGCUACAGGGGCCUCAUGACGACACGUGGCCGCUGCAGGCCGUGCCGGACGCCGUCAAGAUCAAACACCUGCAGGUGCAGUGCGAGAAAACGCACAUGCGAGUGAACAUCGAAUUCGACAGGCCGUUCUACGGAGUAAUUUUCUCCAAAGGUUUCUACAGCGAUCCGCACUGCGUGCACGUGAAACCCGGAACCGGUCACCUGAGCGCCACGUUCGAGAUACUGCUGAACAGUUGCGGCAUGACGUCGUCGGGCGGUGCCGGCGGCGGCGGCGGUGGUGCCGUGUCCGGUUACGGGCAGACGCCCAGCGGCAGUUACGUGGAGAACACCAUCAUCAUCCAGUACGACCCGUACGUGCAGGAGGUGUGGGACCAGGCUCGCAAGUUGCGGUGCACGUGGUACGACUUCUACGAGAAGGCGGUCACCUUCCAACCGUUCCAGGUGGACAUGCUGCACGCGGUCACCGCCAACUUCCUCGGCGACAACCUGCAGUGUUGGAUGCAGAUCCAGGUCGGCAAGGGACCGUGGGCGUCCGAGGUGUCGGGCAUCGUCAAGAUCGGGCAGACCAUGACCAUGGUUCUGGCCAUCAAGGACGAGGAGAACAAGUUCGACAUGCUGGUGCGCAACUGCGUGGCGCACGACGGCAAGCGAACGCCCAUACAGCUGGUCGACCACAACGGUUGCGUCAUCCGGCCGAAGAUCAUGUACAAGUUCCAGAAGAUCAAGAACUUCGGGCCGUCCGCGUCCGUCGUGUCGUUCACGUACUUCCAGGCGUUCAAGUUCCCCGACUCGAUGAACGUGCACUUCCAGUGCGUCAUCCAAGUGUGUCGUUACCACUGCCCCGAACCCAAGUGCCCCGGCGACUACGCCCUGCCACCACACGCGGCCGACGCCAACGGCGGAGACUACGCGUCUGCCGGCCUCAACUCGGUGCACCCCAACGAGUACGGACCUCCACCACCACCGCAGUUGGCCGACUACCCCGCUUAUCCGGACCCGAGACACCCGUCCGGGCCAGCCGGUGCAUACUCUGAACUGAAACCGGAAAUAGUUUUACCGAACGCGGCGCCGCCAUCUGCCAGCAGCCCUAAACCGUCUCAGAAGGACGCGGAGGCAGCGGCCGGUGACGACCACAAUGACGGUAACGACGACGACGACAGUCUGAACCUUCCGCCUCCACCGUUGCCCGGCCACGGUGCGUCGUACGCUACCGUCAAGCGACAGGGCACCGUCGGCAGUGACGACCAACAGCAACAACAGCACAUGAACCUGGUGUCGUUGGGCGGCCGUCCGCGGUCCGUCGACAUGGACGCCGCCGCUAAGCCACACCGACACCACCGUCGGUCCACCGGCGAUCCCGAGCUGGACGUCAACACAAGCCGCGUCAUACAGGUGGUCGCGCCCGGUGACGUCAACUUCGCGUUGAACGUGCCCAACAGCGGUAACGGCACCAACGGCGGCGGCGGCGGUAACGGCGACACGGUCGUCAUGUCCACCCGGUCCGGCCACUCGGCGGACAGCGUGUGCAUCAGCGUCCCGUCGUUCGUAGCCGGUCUGGCCAUGCUCCUGUCCGUGUUGGUGGUAGCCUGUCUGGUGGUCACGUUCCUGUUCUUGAGGGUCCGGUCCAUGAACAACGCUAAGGCGAUGUCGUGCGGCGCUCCGCCGUCCGCACAGGGACCGUACAUGCACGGCGCGGCGUUCGAAGCCGCCGAGUUCGUCAAGAUGGCCAGUUCGUAGGGCCACUCCGGCCACGCUGUGGGCCACUCGCCACCAGCUUAAACAAUAAUUUUCCGACGACCCGAACCCCAACAAUUCCAACCCACACAAACACACCCUUAAAGUUGUAAUCCAUAAUAAUAUGUAAUCGCAUACCGGCAGGUCGUGUGCGAUCUGUCGAUUCCGAUUCCGAUUUUUCAUUCGCCAAAAACAAACGCGCCGUGAUUCUAUGGCCGAAAGCAACGAACAUCAUCAAAUGAAGCUCGAACUGAUCCUUGAUUUUAAGUACACGUUGUCGACACACAAACCGCCAAAAACGAUAAAGACAAAUCGGCCAUCGUGCUGCGCGCGCGGCAUAGUUAUUACUUUGCCUUUUUUACCCGAUCGCAAAAAUGUAUUUCAAAAAAAUCGAUAAAAAAUAAUGACGUGUAUAGGUGUACCUAUAUACGCGUUCAUAUCGUGCACACAGCAAUGCGCAGAAUACGGCGCAACACACCGUAUUCUGGGCAGGGCGCAGACGUUUAAGACAUAUUUCACAAAGUUCCGACAUUAUACUAUUAUAUAGACGUCUGUUUAAGUUAUUUUAUUUAUUUGUAAGCACAUCUACUGUAGUAAGCAGUAUGACGAAUGACGUACGGGCAAUGCUCGAAUUAGAUGAUAACCGUAUUAAUAUUAUAAGUUGUAUAUUAUUAUAAAAUAAAAAAAUUGUUUAUUUCGUGCGAAUGAGGCGCAUUUUUUU